UAAUUGGGCAAUUCCAUCAGCUCGCUGAUUAAUAAUUGACUAGUGGGAGGGCUCAAGGAGGGCAUGGCUCACUGAAGCCCCGCCCCGUCUCCUCCGACCGGCUGAGGCGUCGUUUCAGUUGCUGGCGGCAGGGGACUCCAGCGGGUCUUCCAUCUGCCCUCUGGCUCGCAGGCCAGAUCGUCUUGGCCCCGCCAAACGGGCCAGGAGGAGUGGUCCCGAGUGCCGGGCCAUGGCAGUGGACUCCUGGCUCUCCGCUGCUGCUUGCCCCGCGGAAUCGCUGGCUUCUGUGCGAAGGACCCCCACCACCUCCGCAGGCUAAGAGCCGCUGCCGCCUCGGAGCUGUGAGAGCUACUAUGCUCCCUCUUUGCCGCCGCUUCCCCUUCUCACUCGCCCAGGCACCCCUCUGGCUGCUCGGUCCACCUCAGCAUCAAACCGGAAGAGAAGCAAAACUCAACAAAAAUUUAUCAUGUGUGGAGUUCCUUCUUAAAAGAAGAAAAAAGUGAUUGUUGCAACUAUGGAUCGGAGCAAACGGAAUUCAAUUGCAGGAUUUCCUCCACGUGUGGAGCGUCUUGAAGAUUUUGAUGGAGGUGGUGGAAGUGAUGGUAAUGUGACCCAGGUGGGAAGAGUUUGGCCAUCUUCAUAUCGAGCUCUUAUAAGUGCUUUUUCCAGACUGACACGUUUAGAUGACUUCACCUGUGAAAAAAUUGGCUCUGGCUUCUUCUCUGAAGUGUUCAAGGUGCGUCACCGAGCUUCUGGUCAGGUGAUGGCUCUUAAGAUGAACACUCUGAGUAGUAACCGGGCAAACAUGCUGAAGGAAGUGCAGCUUAUGAAUAGACUCUCGCAUCCCAACAUCCUUAGGUUCAUGGGUGUAUGUGUACAUCAAGGACAAUUGCAUGCACUUACAGAGUAUAUCAACUCUGGAAACCUGGAACAGUUGCUAGACAGUAACCUGCAUUUGCCCUGGACUCUGAGGGUGAAGCUGGCCUAUGACAUAGCAGUGGGCCUCAGCUACCUUCACUUCAAAGGCAUUUUCCAUCGGGACCUCACAUCUAAGAACUGCCUGAUAAAGAGGGAUGAAAAUGGUUAUUCUGCAGUGGUAGCUGACUUUGGCCUGGCUGAGAAGAUUCCUGAUGUCAGCGGGGGCAGUGAGAAGCUGGCUGUGGUGGGCUCACCCUUCUGGAUGGCACCUGAAGUUCUCCGAGAUGAGCCCUACAAUGAGAAGGCGGACGUGUUCUCUUAUGGUAUCAUCCUCUGUGAGAUCAUCGCCCGUAUCCAGGCUGAUCCGGACUACCUUCCCCGCACAGAGAACUUCGGGCUGGACUAUGAUGCUUUCCAGCACAUGGUGGGAGACUGUCCCCCAGACUUUUUGCAGCUUACCUUCAACUGCUGUAAUAUGGACCCCAAACUGCGCCCAUCCUUUGUGGAGAUUGAGAAGACCCUGGAGGAAAUUCUGAGCCGUCUACAGGAGGAAGAGCUGGAGAGGGACAUGAAACUACAGCCUACAGCCAAGGGACUCUUGGAAAGAGGACCUGGGGUGAAGCGACUGAGCUCACUAGAUGACAAGAUCCCUCCCAAGGCCCCACGCCCAAGACGUACUAUCUGGCUGUCUCGAAGCCAAUCAGACAUCUUCUCCCACAAGCCCCCACGUACAGUGAAUGUCUUGGACCCCUACUACCAGCCACAAGGUGGUGCUGCCCGCACACCCAAAAUCAACCCUUUCAGUGCUCGCCAGGACCUCAAGGGUGGCAAGAUCAAGUUUUUUGACCUGCCCAGCAAGUCUGUUAUCUCCCUCGUAUUUGACCUGAAUGCACCAGGGCCUGGAACUUUGCCUGUGGCUGACUGGCAGGAACCCCUGGCCCCACCUGCUCGCCGGUGGCGUUCUUUGCCUGGUUCACCAGAGUUUUUGCAUCAAGAGGCCUGUCCAUUUGUAGGUCAAGAGGAAUCACUGUCUGAUGGGCCCCUACCACGUCUCAGUAGUCUCAAGUACAAAGUAAGAGAUAUCCCGCCAUUCCGAGCACCUGCCCUACCAGCUGCUCCAGCCCAUGAAGCCAUGGACUGUUCCACUCCCCAGGAAGAAAACGGUUUUGGGCCCAGGCCUCAGGGGGCCAGUCCAUGCCUUGCAGGUACCUCUGAGGAGAUGGAGGUAGAAGAAGAAAGGCCAAGAGGCUUGGCUCCAGUUCCCUUCUCUGUCUCAGGCAUAGGCCUGAAAACCCAGGGACAGCAGGAUGGGUGAGAAGGGUUAAGUCCUGCUUCACCGUGAGGAUGGACCUUCAGCUGAAGCCAGUGCCCCCUUCCCCACCCCCUCUUGGUGCACAGCCUAGACUCUUCCCUGGGGCCCACAGAACAAGCAGGCUAGGCCAAGCCAGGCUCAACUUUGGGGCUCCCAGUGCCCAAUGGCUGUGUAUUAGAGGGGAGGCAGCAGUGAGAGGCCUUCCUAAUUAGGGCCAACAGCUGAUACCAAGCCUCUGGAAUCCAGCAAGGAGCUCUGGCUUCCACCUGACCCCCAAUGCACUUCUGCAGACAGGACCAGAAGACUUAGUUCUAGUUUGAGCUGGCAGGUGGUUAUUACCCCAGGUUCUCCUUCCACCCCAGGUCUGUCUCUUGCCCUUUUCUGGGGCAUAUAAGCUACUGGAUGGAACCUGGAGCUGGCCAGGAGGCCAUAAAGGGCAUGACUGUUUCUUGGACCUGAACACUGGGGUGCUUCUUGCCAGUAUGUCUAAGACACUUGAAUGAAUAAUUGCUGUUUGCACUUACAUGGUCAGACCACGUCACUACAUUUCUAUGCAAGGGGAGAGUAAGGCAGCGAGGUGGUCAUGGCUUGUAGCUAACCUAUUCAAAGAUCUUUUCCAGUUGAUUAAUCUAUUUUCAUAUUUAUGAAGGAGUCUUAAUGUUCUGCCCUAUGACUUUCAACCUUGUGGUUGGGAGUGGGGCUGGUUUUGUAGGCCCUAGGGCCUGCUCUUUGUCUUUGUCAACAUGUAAUAUACCCAACUGGUUAAACGGUUUAUAUGUGGACUGAUUUUCCUCCCUUCCUGCUGUGGUUGGAGGUGUGGGAACAGUCUGUUCUUACAGAGCCACAAUACGAAAUAACCAAAGAUGAAGCCGGUCAAAUAUUUUCUUAACUUGUUUCUGCUGAUUUUUUUGGUAAAACUAUCCCAAAACACUUUCAGAUUUAAAAAUAAAGUUGGUGUUACAGGUG